AUGUUUGACCAUUUAUGCGCACUAUGUUUACUGAAUUACUGCCGUGAAAACCCAAUCUUUAGGGGGAACCAUGACCCUCCCAAAACCACCCUCCUCUCCCACCACUUCUCCACUGCCGCCAAAACCACCGCAACCACCGCCCUCCCAAGACUCCCCAACGUCCCCUCCAAGUACAAAUCUGAAGCCCUCAGCCAAGCCCAGCUAGUCCUCACCGACUACCUCCACACCACUCGGUCCCUCCCCUACACUUUGGCCAAGCACAUCAGCAAACACUCCCUCUUCACCCUCCCCAAUCUCGUCAAGCACAUCCCUUACUCCCGCCCCAACUUCUCCCGAAGCUUCCAGCACUUCCUCAGGUACCACCCCAUCAACGAAUUCGAGUUUUUCUUUGAAAGCAUAGGGAUACACCACACUCUACUUCCACAUUUCUUGCCCACCAAUAAGUUCUUCCUUUCGGAAGACGAGGCUGUUAUGAAUGCUGCUUGUGUGCUUACUGGCUUCGGGUUUCCGUGGAAUUUGUUGGGGAAGUUGUACAGGGAGGAGCAUUGUGUUUUUGAGCAGAGUUGUGGGGAGUUGAAAUGUAGGCUUAGUGAGUUUAAGGAGUUUGGUUGGGGGAAUCUUUCGGUUGUGGGGAUCUUGGCUUUUUCGAUGCUGUUGCGUGUCGACGGGGAGUUGAGUGGUGAGGUUGUGGCGUUGUUGGGUGAUUUGAAGAGGGUUUUUGUGGAGUUUGAUAUUGCGAGUUGUGUGGAGGGAAAUGUGGAUACUUGGUAUGAGGUUUGUAGGAUGGUGAGGGUGUUUUAUGAUUUGGGUGUCGAAAAUUGGAAGUUGGGAGAGAUGUUGUGUAGGAAGAAAGAUGCAUUUCUUUGUUACUCGGAAGAGGUGUUAGUUGAGAAAGUUGUUUACUUCUGUAGAUUAGGUGUUAGGAAGGAGGAUGUUGGUUGAUUUCUUCUUGAAAGAAUAGAAGUUUUGAGUCUUGAUUUGGAAAUCCCGGUGGUAUCGACUUUGGGACGGUUGAGACGUUUAGGAUUGGAUGAGAAUGAGUUGAAGGAAGUGAGUGGGAAGUAUCCAAAUGUGAUGGGGAGAAAUAGAAUGGUUAAUCUACCUCAUUUGAUGAGGGCUAUGGAUCUUCAUGAGUGGUUCUUUACUAGGAUUAAGAAUGAAUGAAUUGGUAGUUAUGUACUCAAUGAUACUGAUGAAGAUCACAUGAAGAAAGAAUUUAGUUGCGGAUUGGAGCAGUUCCUAUCUUGUAAAGCUCAUGUUCAUGAAAUGAAGAAAUUGAAUUUUAUGCAUAGCAUUGGGUUUGGGGAGAAUCCUUUGACUCUGAAGGUCUUGUCAUGCAUACGUGGCAGGAGUGAUGAGUUACAAAAGCGAUUCGGUAUCCUUCUUAUUACGGGGCUUAAAUUCUCACAGGUUUGUUUGAUUAUAACCAAAGGGCCACAUAUCCUGAAUCAGAACCCAGAGUAUCUUGAGGAGAAAGUAAAAUUUCUUUGUGGUGAGAUGAAUUCGUCGAAGGAGUACCUUAAUAUUUUUCCAGCAUUUUUGUGUUUUGAUUUGGAUAAUCUGAUUAAGCCUAGAUACAGAUUUUAGCCAUGAAAAUCCAUAGUAAACAAACCCAAGGAGUGCGUCGAAGGAGUACACUUAUUCAAAGUAAGUUCUGAUUUGAGCUUUGUAUACAAGUUAUAAUAGCAAAAUGAUUCUUCAUACUGGCCUUUUCUAUCUAGAAAUGCUCUCUCUUUUGUGUACGUGUGUAUUGCAUGGUUUGUUUAUCAAAAACAAUGUUCUGCAUGCUCAAUUUAAUUCUUGCUUCAUGUUAAUGAGAGGUAGGUUCAUUUGGUGUGACAUUUAAAACUUUAAAAGUGAUGUUGUAUAUUAUCGUAGUGAAAUAUCAUUUGUUGAUUUUGUUCGACAGGCAGAGUUCUUUAUGCAGUGCAAAUAUUACAAAAGGGUUUUCUUAUUAUGUUUACAUUACUUCUUUGUUUUGAUACUCAUGUUUUCAAUCUGGCAAUGUAUUCUCUGUACCAGCCAAUAGUUGAAGAGUGAUCGGCUGGAGCUUUUCUUGAACAUUUUUCUGUCACUAUCAGUGGAACAGAGUUACUUUGCCUGAGAUCAGCCUCAAUGUUAGUGUUUCAAGCUAGCGCCAGAUGUACCGAGAAGCACGCUCUUGUAGCUGUGUAACCUUAUGGCUGUCACGACCAAGGCGGAAAUUCAGCCUACUUUGCUCCCCAGAAGAUUCUGUCUCAGAGAACACUGAGCCCUUUCAUGACCGGCACGUCUCUGGAGAAAUUCAUGAGUGUCCUA